UCCCACCUCCCCCCACUCCCCCCCGCUCAUCCACAGGGCCCCUUUCUCGCCCCCCUUUUUUUCUACGCUUUCCCCUUCGCCUGAACCGGCCGAAGACACCCCGGCCCGCGCCCCAUUACCACCACCAUGGAGGAGCCGUCGCCCGCCCCCCGCAAGAGCGUGAAGGCCGUCCAGUUCGGUCUCUUCUCGCCCCAGGAGAUUAGCGACAUGUCCGUCUGCUGCAUUCAGCAUGCCGAGCUCUAUGACCCGGCCACCGGGGCGCCCAUUCACGGCGGACUGUUCGACCCUCGACUCGGCCCCGACUCGCAGGACCACCAGUGCGCCACGUGCGAGAUGACCACCGAGUGCCCCGGGCACUUCGGGCACCUGGACCUCGUGCGCCCGGUCUUCCACCUGGGCUUCAAGUCCAAGCUGAUGCGGGUCCUGCGCAGUGUGUGCGGGUCCUGCUCGGCCCUGCUGGUGAAGAAGGACGACCCGGCGUGCAAGGACAUCCUGGCGCGCUUCACCGGCCGGCAUCGACUCCAGCGGGUGUCGGACCUGGCCAAGACCCGGCGCAAGUGCGACGCCUGCGAGCAGUACCAGCGCCUGUUCAAGUAUGACAAGAUGUCCUUCGGCUUCAUGUACACCUCCAAGAAGCAGGUGUCCGCCGGGGACGAGGGCGACGAGGCGGCCGGCGCCUCGCACGGCCACAACCAGCAUGACAUGCUGACGCCGGAGAUUGCCAUGCGCAUCAUGAAGAACAUCACCGACGAGGAUAUCGACGCGUUGGGCUUCGACCCGGUGCAUGCGCGCCCCGAGUGGAUGGUCAUCGAGAAGCUGCCCAUCCCCCCGCCCCAGGUCCGGCCCAGUGUGGCGGUCGAGGGCACCAAGAAGAGCAAUGACGACUUGGUGUUUGCCCUGCGGGAGAUCAUCAAGCGCAACAACAUGAUCGCCAACACCCAGCAGAGUGAGCGCGACCGGGCCAAGAUGCUCAUCAACCUGCAGUACUACAUCAAGUCCUACAUGGACAACCACCAAGACCCGAAGUUCAACCUGAAGACCGGUCGCCCGAUCAAGGCCAUCACCCAGCGUCUCAAGGGCAAGGAGGGCCGCAUCCGGCACAAUCUCAUGGGCAAGCGUGUGAACUUCUCCGCGCGUACGGUCAUCGGCCCGGACCCGAGCCUGGCCCUGGACCAGGUGGGCGUGCCGCGGUCCAUCGCCGCCAACCUCACCUUCCCGGAGCGAGUGACCCCGCUCAAUCACGAGGAGCUGACGCGCCUGGUGCAGGCCGGCCCGCAGGCGUACCCCGGCGCGCGGUAUGUCACCAGCGCCAAUGGCCCGCGACGGGAUCUGGCCCGCGUGCAUGACACCUCGGCCGUGCAGCUGCAAUAUGGCGACAUCGUGGACCGGUACAUCCGGGAUGACGACCUGGUUCUCUUCAAUCGUCAGCCCUCCUUGCACAAGAUGUCCAUGAUGGGCCACCGGGUCAAGGUCAUGCCGUUCAGUACCUUCCGGCUGAAUCUUUCGGUGACCACGCCGUACAACGCCGAUUUCGAUGGCGAUGAGAUGAACCUCCACGUGCCGCAAACCAUCGAGGCCCGGACCGAGCUCCUGAAGUUGGCCAUGGUCCCGACGCAGAUUGUCUCGCCGCAGGCCAACAAGCCGGUCAUGGGUAUUGUGCAGGAUUCCCUGCUGGCGGUCAAUCUCUUCAGUCGGCGGGAUUGCUUCCUGGAGAAGCAUCUGGUCAUGAACCUGCUCAUGUGGUUCCCCCACUGGAAGGGGGUGGUGCCGAUUCCGGCCAUCCUCAAGCCCAAGCCCCUGUGGACCGGCAAGCAGCUGCUGUCCAUGAUCAUCCCGCCGGACAUCAGUCUCUCCACCAAUCACUCCACGCACAAUGAGGAGGAGGAUGCCGAUCCGAUUACCCAGCACCUGACCCCGGGCGACACGCGCGUGGUCAUCGACAACAGUGUCCUCCUGUCGGGCAUGGUGUGCAAGAAGACCGUCGGUUCGGCACAGGGCGGUCUCAUCCAUGUGAUUUGCAUUGAGUACAGCAACAAGCCCAAUGUGGCGGCCGAGUUCAUGACCAACAUCCAGUACAUCGUCAACAACUGGCUGCUCUUCCAUGGGUUCAGUGUGGGCAUCGGUGACGGCAUGAUUCCCCAGUCGGCCGUGGACAAGAUCACCUCCACCAUCCGCACGGCCCGUGUGAAGGUCAUCGGCGAGAUCAACAAUGCCAUUCACGGAGACCUGAAGGAGGGUCGUGGUAUGACCAUCCGCGACACGCUGGAGGGCCUGGCCAAUGCCGAGUUGUCCAUGGUCCGUUCGGAGGCCGGUAAGAUCUCCCUCAAGUACCUGCAGCCCUUCAACAACUUCCGUGCCAUGGUGGACGCCGGGUCCAAGGGUUCGUCGAUCAAUAUUUCCCAGAUUUCCGCCUGUGUCGGCCAGCAAAAUGUCGAGGGCAAGCGCAUUCCCUUUGGCUUCCGGGAUCGGACCCUGCCGCACUUCACCAAGGACGAUUUCAGUGCCGAUUCCCGUGGCUUCGUCGAGAGCAGCUACAUCGAGGGGCUCAACCCGAUGGAGUUCUUCUUCCACACCAUGGGUGGUCGUGAGGGGCUGAUUGACACGGCCGUCAAGACCGCCGAGACGGGUUACAUCCAGCGUCGACUGAUCAAGGCCAUGGAGGACAUCAUGGUCCGGUAUGAUGGGACCGUGCGGAAUUCCCUCGGCGAGGUGAUUCAGUUCUGCUAUGGUGAGGAUGGCCUGAAUGCCCAGUUUGUCGAGCACCAGAAGCUGGACCUGAUGUCCCUGACGAAUGAGGAAUUUGCCGGGCGCUACCGGAUCAACCUCCUGCAGGACCCGCUCUUCAAGGCGGCCAACAACUAUGUCUCGAACACGGUCUCCCAGUUCGUCAUGGCCAACAUCAAGACCGUGCAGGAUGCCCUGACCACCGAGUACAACCAGCUGCUGGAGGACCGGGCCACGCUGCAGGAGUUCAUCUUCCCGCGGCUGCGCGAGGACAAGUGCUACCUGCCGGUGAAUGUCCUGCGGCUGAUCCGCCACUCGCGGCGCAUGCGCCAGCACAAUGACACCCUCAUCUGCGACCUGUCGCCGGUGCAGAUUGUCGAAGAGGUGGCCAAUCUGUGCGACCGGAUUGUGGUCAUCUCCGGCGACGACCCCAUCAGUCGAACGGCCAACCGCAAUGCCACCAUGCUCUUCCGGAUCCUCAUCCGCCAGUAUCUGUCCGUGCGCCGGGUGGUGGCGGAAUUCCGCUUCGAUCGGAGCUCCUUCCAGUGGGUCAUCCACCAGAUUGAGAGCCGCUUCCGGGAUUCCAUCAUCCACCCGGGCGAGGCGGUGGGCACCAUCGCCGCGCAGUCCAUCGGUGAGCCGGCCACCCAGAUGACCCUGAACACCUUCCACUCGGCCGGUAUCGGCGCCAAGAACAUCACUCUCGGUGUCCCCCGACUGCGGGAGCUGAUCGAUGUGGCCCGGUCCAUCAAGACCCCGUCCAUGUCCAUCAUGCUGGUGGAUGAGUUCAACCACUCGGAGAAGCAGGCUCACAAGGCGCUGGCGGCCAUCGAGCACACCACCCUGGCCAAGGUCACCCACAAGUCCCAGGUGAUCUACGAUCCGGACCAGGCCAACGCCUCGGUGGUCGAGGCGGAUGACGAUUUCAUCCAGCUGUUCUUCGCCACGGAGAACGUGGAUCCCGCCUCCCUUUCCCCCUGGGUGCUGCGCCUGGAGCUGGACCGCUCGGCGAUGGAGGCCAAGCGCUGUUCCAUGGACGAGGUGGCCGGCAAGAUCGCCGAGCACCUAGUGCCGGCCAGCGACUUCGUCCUGAUGCACUCGCACGACAACUACGAGAAGCUGGUCCUGCGCAUCAGCAUCCGCAACACCUCCGACUCCAUGGACCAGAACUUCCCCGGGGACAAGAUCCUCAUCCAGUACGAGCGCAAGCUCCUGUCCAAGGUGGUGCUCAAGGGCAUCGACAAGAUCAAGCAGGUGAAGAUCGACAAGAUCCAGAACCCCAGCAUCACGGUCGACGGCGGGCUGACCCCCUCCGGGCCGGCCGAGAACUACCUGGUCACCACCGGAUCCAACAUGCGGGAUGUCCUGUCCAGCGAGUUUGUGGAGUUCCGCAACACCGUCACCAACAACAUCGUCGAGACGUGCGAAGUUUUGGGCAUCGAGGCCGCUCGGCAGACCCUGCUGCUGGAGUUGAAGCGGGUCAUCGAGUUCGACGGGAACUACGUCAACUACCACCACCUGGGCCUGCUGUGCGACGUGAUGACCUACCGUGGCUUCCUGAUGCCGAUCAACCGCCAUGGCUUCAACCGCAAUUCCACCGGUGCCCUGAUGCGGUCUUCCUACGAGGAGACCGUGGAUGUUCUGCUGGAGGCGGCGGCCCAUGCGGAGAUCGACCGCAUGCAGGGUGUCUCGGAGAACAUCCUUCUGGGCCAGCUGUCGCCGGUGGGAACCGGCGUGUUCGAUGUCAUGCUCGAUGAGGACAAGCUCCGCGAGGCCAUUCCCCUGUCCAGUGUGGUGACUGGCGAGACUUCAUACUCCUCCUCUUCUUCCUCCUCGUACUGA